UCUUUGCUCCGUGGCAUUUUGCAACACAAGCUACCUGCGGUGGGUGGUUGUACACGGAACCCACGGCCCUACGCGCAGGCAGGAAUGGACAAAGACGGGAACAGGUGAUCAUUGCAUGGAUUCACACAGGACCAAUGUUUGAAGACUCUGAUUCAUUGGAGCCAAGUGCUGCGACCUUCACAGAAAAUGACAUAAGUGGCCCUCCAAAUCUAGAAGGUGGUGUGCAGAAACAUAUUGUAAGUAAUGUGAUCUGAGGGGAAAGGGAAUGCAGACUUUGCAGCUAUAGCUUGUAUGUGAGCGUGAUGCCCAGGCGGGGGUUGCCGCUCCAGGGCCGGGUCCGCUGGCUCUUCCUGGGGCUUUUCCUGCUGCUGGUGCUGCUGCUGUUUGCGUACCUGCUGGAGUGCACACCUCCGGCAGACGUCAGCUUGGUCCUGCCCGGGCUAGCAGGAGAGACCUAUGGAAAGGAGUAUUACCAGGCCCUGCUGCAGGAACAGGAGGAGCGCCACCUAAACCGUGCCGCCAGUCUCAAGCGCCAGAUCGCCCAGCUCAAGCAGGAGUUGCAGGAAAUGAGUGAGAAGCUGAAGCUCCUGCAGGACAAGAAGGAGCUCCCCGGGGUGCAGGGCCUGGCCGACGCUAAAGACCAAGAGCCGGGAGAUCUGCUGGAGUACUUACACUCUCAGAUCGACAAGGCUGAGGUUAACACAGGGGCGCGCCUGCCCAGCGAGUACGCCCUGGUGCCCUUUGAGAGUUUCACCUCAUCCAAGGUGUAUCAGCUGGAGAUGGGGCUGACGCGGCACCCGGAGGAGAAACCUGUCCGCAAAGAUCGCAGGGAUGAGCUGGUGGAGGUCAUCGAGGCCGCGCUGGACAUUAUCAACAACCCUGAUGAGGAGGACGGCGUGGAGGACGACAUGCCGAUGCAGAGACAAACCUACACAGAGGGUCACUUUACUGAGGGACUGUACAGGACCGAGCGAGACAAAGGGACACUUUACGAGCUCUUCUUUGCCAAAGAGGAAUCCAGCAGCUUCCGCCAUGUCACGCUCUUCAGGCCUUUUGGUCCCUUAAUGAAAGUCAGGAGCACAUCUGUAGAAACAUCAGGAAUGAUUAUUAACAUCAUCGUGCCGCUGGCGGGCAGAGUAGAAACUUUCUCACAGUUCUUACACAACUUCAGGGAGGUGUGCAUACAGCAGGACAGACGAGUGCAUCUCACAGUGGUUUAUUUUGGGCAGGAAGGUCUACAGGAGGCGAAGUCAUCAUUGGAAAAAAUGUCAAGGGAGGAGAGCUUCUCCAAUUACACCCUGAUCCCAGUGAACGAGGAGUUUUCACGAGGUCGGGGUCUGGACAUCGGAGCCCAUGCCUGGAAGAAAGGCGACGUCCUAAUGUUUUUUUGUGACGUCGACAUCCAUUUUACACUUGAGUUCCUAAACACCUGUCGUCUCCACGCUGCUCCGAACAAGAAAGUCUUCUAUCCAGUGGUUUUCAGUCUGUACAAUCCUGCCAUUGUCUAUGGAAAUUUGGAGCUGGCUCCACCCAUUGAACUCCAACUGAUUCACAAAAAGGAUGCUGGAUUCUGGAGAGAUUUUGGAUUUGGAAUGACGUGUCAGUAUCGCUCAGAUUUUCUAAAUAUUGGAGGGUUUGAUCUGGAGGUGAAAGGCUGGGGUGUGGAAGACGUCCACUUGUACAGGAAGUAUCUUCGGAGCGACCUGAUCGUGAUCCGGACUCCGGUGUCCGGCCUUUUCCACCUGUGGCACGAGAAGCAGUGUGCGGACGAACUGACGCCCGAGCAGUACCGCAUGUGCAUCCAGUCCAAAGCCAUGAACGAGGCCUCCCACUCUCAUCUGGGCAUGCUGGUUUUCCGCGAGGAGAUCGAGGCGCACCUGCGCAAACAGGCCUUCAAGACUCAGAGCAAAACAGAGGACUAAGCAAGGCUCCGCCCACCCAACGUCAUUCCAACGUUAAGACUGAGAGGUGCUGACAAUAUUAACACAUUACAGCAAAGACGUGUUUACAUGGAUCCUUCUGCAUUUCACUGCACAGCUGUAGACAAAUGAAUGUACAAAAAACGUUGAUCAAUGUAAAACUUCACAACAUGGUACAACUCUUAUUGAGGAGCUACAGCAGAAUCAAACACAAGCACAUGAUCAAAUGAGCAACAUUUAACCUGCUGAAGGAAAAGUUACACGUGUAGAACAAGUAAUAUAUCUCUUGGAUUUAUGUUGACAUUGUGUUUUUACAUACUGCAGUCAUUUGAAUAAGCAUGCAGUUAUUAAGCCAUCCUACCUGCUUCAAACAUGGCACCCGACUUGUAAACCAGUUUCUUCACCUUCUCCGCUGCUGAAUGUGACGUCAGCCGGAAGAUUCCAGCUGCGUCUUCCAAAAGUGUGUCAGACAAGCCCAACCAGCUGUCAGCGUUUGGAAUGGCUUUUUAAUUGAAAAAUGAAAGUUUGAAAGCUGCACUUUCUCAAAAGGAAGUUUAAAAAAAUGUAAGUCGACCCUACAAGAACCAGUAAAUUUCUGCUGGUUAUCAACUUUAGAUCAAAGCAAUCUUUCACUUUAAACAGUAUAUUAGCAGUUGUUUAUGGAGCCAUACUGUUCUGUUAAUAUUAUAUAUAUAUUUAUAUAUAUAUAUA